AUGCUCAGGCUUUCUUCUGUUUCCAAGGUUUAUCACGUUAGACCAUUUAGUGUUUUAUCCUCAUUAAAAGCAAGCACUGCUCCAAAGGGAGGGAAUUCUCAUAAGGGCAAUGGUUCUCAUCAUGUUGAAGUCAAAUGUGAAAAUAUGGAUGAGGCUCAGAGGGCUUAUUUGGAUCGUGUGAUCCGUGUGGAUCAAGCUGGUGAACUUGGUGCUAACUAUAUAUAUGCUGGUCAAAUUUUUAUUCUUUCUGAGAAACAUCCAAAUUUAAAACCGAUUUUAAAUCAUAUGUGGGAGCAAGAGAUUCACCAUCACAAUACAUUCAAUACUUUGCAAUUGAAACAUAGGGUCAGACCCUCCUUAAUUACUCCAUUCUGGAAAGCAGGUGCGUUCAUCAUGGGUUCAGGAACUGCUUUUAUAUCGCCGGAAGCUGCAAUGGCUUGUACCGAAGCUGUUGAAACGGUUAUCGGUGGUCAUUACAAUGAACAACUACGUUGUUUAAACAAUCAGUAUGAUUUGAAGAGGACUGAUGGUUCAGAAGGACAAAGUGAUGAGGUGAAGUCAUUAAUGAGUGUUAUCAAACAGUUCAGAGAUGAUGAAUUGGAACAUUUAGAUACCGCAAUUGCACAUGAUUCAAGAAAGGCGGUUCCUUAUAUUCUUCUUACUGAAGGUAUUAAAGCGGUUUGUAGAACAGCUAUCUGGACAGCUGAAAGAUAUUAG